CAAAAAAAAUCACUCACACACGAACAAAAACAUUACCACCUGAAAAACACUAUUGAUUCGCGGUACAAACUCACUCCUAAGUCUUCAUCAUCAGCCCUUGUGGGGUUCCUAACCGGUGAAGCACCUCCAGCCCCAGGUGAAACGCGUCAGAAAAGAAGGAAGGAAAAAAAACACGAGGGCAAAAAUCAAAAGUAUAGAUAGAGAUAGUGAAGAAAACGUUGGACGACACACUGGUGAUUCAAUUACCACUGGUAGCACAUUGUCAGCGAAGUCAAUUGUCUCAGCUUCAUUGUUUAAUCCGUUCAGUAUCUCAAACUCUAUUUGUUCCCCAAAUUUUAUCCCCACAUUUUUAAGUGAAUUAAUAACUCGAGACACUUGCGAUUAAAAAUCAAAAUUCAAAAAAGAAAAAAUCAAGUAAAGAUAAAAUUUAAAAAUGAGGUGAAAAAAAGCACCAAAUAUAUAAUAAAUAAAGUAAAACAGUGAAAAAAUGAAGUUUUUCUAGAGAAAAUUGACUGUGAAAAAUCGAACCAACACCAAUUAACUAGUGAACGAAGAGAUUUUUAUCGGUAAAAUUGACCGGGCAUUCCCCGGGAUAAAAUUACGAAAACGGAGUCUCACGACACUCUGGGCGAGGAUUUCUUCGUCGCUAUGGACUUGAAGGAAGAAGAGGAAACAAAUGCUGAACGCCAAUUGUAUCUGGUCGGUGCACCCCGUGAUCCUCUGGUGUCCACUGGGGCCAUUGUCGAUGGAACAGACGAUAUUAAUUCGAGUAGUGAUCUUCAGACGAAUGCACUCGCUGGUCUGAUGUCUGGGCAAUCAUCGUCCGUAUGCUUUCCAACUAAAUUCACUUAUGACUUUUCAACGAGUCCUAGGAGUGAGGAGCGACAGAUUACUGUGGGAAAACGCAAGCAGAGAAGAUACAGAACAACUUUUACUAAUUUUCAAUUGGAGGAGCUGGAGAGAGCAUUUCAGAAGACACACUAUCCGGAUGUUUUCUUUCGGGAGGAACUCGCAUUGAGGAUCCAACUUACCGAGGCUCGAGUACAAGUCUGGUUUCAAAAUCGUCGAGCCAAAUGGCGAAAGCAAGAGAAGCAGUGCAAGAUGCCAAGCCAGCUGGGCUCUCACUUGACUGUCCCAGAGUGCCCCGAGAUUCACCACCCUCACCAGAAUCACCAACAGCAGCAGAACCCGCAGCAACAAACGACAGAUCAUCUCCUCCUGGAGGCACCUCUGGGCUCUCCCCCACCGAUCUACCUGGGGAUGGAGUGGACCGGGUUCUCACCUUACUCAACGGUUCCCACGACAUCCCCACUCAUCAUGAACGCCAUCAACAAACCCCCCGACGUUGACGACAAUCCGCUGCUCGACCCAGAUCUCCUUCAGCUGAAGAACCCCCGUUCCUAGUCCCAGCGGUGACAGAACUAAUUACUAUUAGCAACUUGAAAUUAGUUUAAUAAAAUCAAAUAAAAUAGUAAUUUGAUUUUUAUUCA